GCUGCUCCGGGUCCUGCUCCUCCGGCUCCUGCUGCUCCUGCCCCGGCUCCUCCCGCCGGAGCCGCCAUGACGCGCUGGGCCCGGCGGCCCGGCGCUGCCGGGGAAAGGGCGCUGGCCGCCACCCCCUGGGAGGAGAUGGGGAGCGGCCCGCGGGGCCGGGAGGGCCGCUCGGGGCCUCUCUCGCUGCAGGAGGGGCCAGAGGAGAGGAGGAGGAGGAAGAAGAAGAACAGAAAGAAAAAGGAGUACCGGAACGAGGACGUGAAUGGGUUUGCGGCGCGCCUGGAGCAGAGCUGUGCGGGCGGCGAGGCGGCGGAGGCAGCCGCGGCCUUGAGGAAGGACAGGCGGCGGGAGGGGAGGAGGCUGAAGAGGCAGGAGAGGAGGAAAAACGCCAUGGUCUGUUUCCACUGUAGAGAACCUGGCCAUGGUGUUGCUGAUUGUCCUGCUGUACUGGAAAGUCAGGACAUGGGAACAGGAAUCUGUUACCGCUGCGGCUCCACGGAGCAUGACAUCAGCCAGUGCAAAGCCAAAGUAGAUCCAGCUGUUGGGCCAUUUCCAUAUGCAAAAUGUUUCAUCUGUGGUGAGAUGGGGCAUCUAUCAAGGUCAUGUCCAGAUAAUCCCAAGGGAUUGUAUGCUGAAGGGGGUAGCUGCAGACUUUGUGGCUCUGUGGAGCACUUCAAGAAGGAUUGUCCAGAAAAACAGAACAUAGAUCAGGUGACAGUUGGGCGAUGGGCCGUUGGGAUGAGCGCAGAUUAUGAAGAAAUUGCAGAAACGCCACAGCUGCAAAAACCAAAACUGAAAGUACCCAAAAUCGUUACUUUUUGAAGACUCUUUGCUCUAAACCACAGUUAGCCUGAGGUGCUUCACUCCAGGGUAGUGACUACACAAGAGUGGAUUGCUGGUUCCAGAAGAUCAAGCAGACUGUUGCUGCUAAGUUAUAUUUUUUCCCCCUCCUAAUUUUUCCAGUUUGCUUCCUAGACUUACCCAUCUUACUGAAAGGCUGGUAGCAGCAGAAAUACAGCAACUGGGUAUUUUAUUUUUACAUAUCUCUGCCGAAAUACAGCAUUCCUUCUGAUCCACUCAGAAUUCCCUCUCACUGCCAGCUCUAUGAAGAGGGAAAUUGGCUUCUUCUUGUCACAGAGAUCUGGCUACAGUAACAAAAGAAGGUUUUAUCAUGCGGGUUUAUGGUCAUAAACCAUGGUCACUGGAUUUCAGUGGGCAGUAUUGUUACCUUAAAGGUGCUGCUAUUAUGUCUCAGAGAUAACACAGUCAUGCUGAUAUAAUGAUAAUACUAAGAGUAUUUCUCUGUUUCUUUGAAGGGGCUGUGGGUAUUUUCUAAAGAGUUGUCUUGGUUUCUGGUUUGGCUUUGCCUUCUCCUUCUAGAAAGAAGUGAUUUCUUGCUCUGUAUGUGCCAGCUUCAGCACUCCAGUGUUGAGUUACCUGGUAAACCCUGCAGCCUGUACAGACUGGCAGUGCAAUUCCUGCUGUUUGUGGUACAUCAGGUAAAAUCUGCACAUGCAUUAACCUGAUUGUUUGUGCAUGUUGGAUUGUUUUUGUUCACUAACAAGAACAGAAUCAUGCCCAUCCUCUGAUACCCAUGGUGAAAUACACCUGGAAAGGGUUGGAGUGCAAGUGAGCAGCUUACUUAGUUUAUUUAUUUCUUACAAGGAGAGUGCUCAAAAAUCUUCAGUGUUUCUAUUCCUUGGUGAGUGGGAGUAAACUUUACUUUGUAUUGUAUGGCAGAUUCGUUUAUCUUUAAAUGGAGAGUGCAGCCUGAAAAACCAAUAGAUAUUUUAAAAGUUCCAAGACCAGCUCAAAACAGAGUUCCUGCAAUAGCUCUCCACAUACUCUAGUAAUUCAAGCCUUAGCAGCCCACAGUGGUGGGGCUGAUCAUCUGCCUUGAGACCAACACUGAAGCACAAUCUUUCUGCAGGGCUGCACCUUGAGCUCAUCCCACACAUGGCCCUUCGCUUUGCACCAGCAGCCUGGGCAGGUGCUGUGGGCAGACCCUGUACUGUGUGACAGGCUUCUCCAGCUUCUACUGCAGCUGGGGAUGCCAUGGGACGUGUGGUAUUUCCAUGUCCCAAAAAUCUUAAAUGUGCCUUCUAAAAUAACUUCAGCUUACGUUAUACUGCAGUAAGUUGUUGUUGCAGUCCUUGAGGACAGCUAUGCAGUGAUAAAGAUACUGCUCCUAAAGGAUUAACUUACCCUUUCCAUCUGAGUGUCCUCACAGUCUACAUCACCUUGUUGAGAACACAGGAGGAACACCAGAUAGCAAACCUGAGCUCAGGACUGGCUUUUGAGGGGCUCAGGACCAACUGCUGAAACCAGGGGUUUGGAACAGCUUUUCUUGCAGUAAAAAAAAAAACAAAAAAACAAACGGGAAUUCAGUUGUGGGGAUAUAUUUUAUGUUUGUACAUGUUAAUUAUUUUCAAUAAAACACUGCUGAAGAAUUAAGACCACUUAUUUUAGGUUUCCUGGUUCUGCUGUACAUGUUAAUAUAGGCACAUAAUAUAAAGGCACGUUACGUUGACCAAGAUAGGGCAUGUAUGUUGUUUGUAAUAAUCAGAGCACACAUUUAAAUGGUGAAAAGGAGUGCAUGUGGAUGAAAUAAAGGAUUAAUUAUAGUUUUAAUUAACUAUCGAACUAAA